GACUCGGGUUUUCCCGGACUGAGUCGGAAUUAGAGCCGAGAUCCCCCCCGUUACGCGCGACACAUCAAUCGGGUAUUGGCUUGCGUUUUGAAAUUGUUUACGUUCAGUCAAACAAGUAAGAAGGGGAGUAUUGUGGAAAUGGACACCGCUGAUCAGCUUGCAUCUGUGGGGACAUUCCAAGUGCUUAAAUUACCUUUGGGAUUUAUCCGUGUUUUGGAGUGGCUCUUCGCCAUCUUUGCAUUUGCGACAUGUGGCGGCUAUACUGGGCAGCUGCGGGUUAGUGUGGACUGUAUGGAGAAGGCCAGCAGCAAUCUCAGCAUCGGCAUUGACUUCGCAUAUCCUUUCAGGUUGCAUCAGGUGUCCUUUGAGGCACCCCUGUGUGAGGGAAUGAGGAGAGAGCGUGUUGCCCUCAUUGGAGACUACUCAUCUUCUGCAGAGUUCUUCGUCACCAUUGCUGUCUUCGCCUUCCUCUACUCCCUAAUGGCCACAAUCGUCUACAUCUUUUUUCAGAAUAAGUACCGUGAAAACAACCGAGGACCACUCAUUGACUUCAUUGUCACAGUGGUGUUCUCGUUCAUGUGGCUGGUUAGUUCCUCUGCUUGGGCCAAGGCUCUGUCUGAUGUCAAGGUAGCCACUGAUCCAGAUGAGGUGCAGCUCCUCAUCUCUGCCUGUAAAAUCCAAACCAACAAGUGUGGCUCUGUGCAUGGACCACGCUGGUCUGGACUCAACACCUCAGUGGUCUUUGGCUUCCUAAACUUUGUGCUUUGGGCUGGGAACAUCUGGUUUGUCUUUAAGGAGACUGGUUGGCACAAGGGUGCUGCCAGGUACCCAGGCGGGGCACCUGAGAAACAGGCUGGCACCUUCAACCAGCAGCCCUACAACCAAGGUAGCUUUGACCAGUCAGGGGGCUACAGCGCCCAGGGAGACCUUGGCCAACCAUCUGAAUACAGCCAGGUGGGCGGGCCCACCUCCUACUCCAAUCAAAUGUAGCUGUGCCAUCUCACUUUGGCACAUCUGCAUUGUAAACCAGGGCAAUCAGAGGGUGAAAGGAGAGAGGGAAUAGAAUUAAUAUAGUCCCUCUGCUCAGGUUGUCAUCAUUCUGUCUGUGCAAAAAAAAAAAAAAAAAGAUGGUUUAUCUUGGUGACAAAGGAAGUCAUUUGUCAGUUGAUACAAAAUGUUAAUUGAUAGGUACACCAUUUGUAUAGGUGCAGGUAUUGCUGGGUAUUGUACAAAAUGAUUAGACAGUCUUUUACUCCUAUUUUUCAGAGAUGUUGUUUUGCUGAAUGUUGUAUUUCUUGUAGUUUGAAAUAUUUUAGCGACAGUUUCUCUUUUUCUGUGCUUGGUGCAUUGCCACCCACCUUUUUUGACUGGAUGUCUUUUUCAAACUGGUUGGCACUAUUUGUUGUGGAAGGAAAAAAGUGCUCUAUGUGUGUAUAAUUCUUGAGGUUUCUAAAAUGGUGUUGACUAAGUGCAUGAUGUUGUGUGCUACUAUGCUUGCUGUGUUACUACUACUACUUAAAAAGAAAAAAAAAAACUCAAAAGAACAGCAACAGUAUUUUAACUCUGAAAGUUUACAGAAUUCACUGUCCUGACUCGUGUGUUUAAAAAAAUGACUUAUUUUUUUUUAUUCUAUCAAGAGACCCAUAAUAUAUUUUGAUAACAAAUAAUUUAAUUCAGAUUAUACAGAUUCAGAAUAUUAUUUAGUGUAAUUUCUGUUAUAUUUGUUAAUAUUUACAAAUUAACAAAUACAUCUUACUCUAGCUUUUGUCAGUUUAAAUGCAAGUUUUCUGACAUGCAAAAAAAGUAGGAAAAACUUGAAGCAAUAACUGCAUACUAAACAAUGCUAAAAAUGCAGCGUGCAGUCAUUGCAGAGUGUUUUUCUGUUUGUCUGAUUUUCAUUUUUAAGUUAUAUGCCACAGACACUAUCAUAGUACGAAUUUCUUUGCAAUAAUGUAGAGAGGAAGAUUGUUUCUCUCCAGGUUUACAAAUGGCCACUCCUGUUUAAAAUUAUUGUGACUGUUUUCUAUGCUGUGCUCAGACUACUGUGAAAUAAUACUCAUAAAUCAUUAAGUCCCUAACGCAUGCCCAGAGAAUCCACUUGUAACAUUAGAGCCUAGCAAAAAAGGGUGCAAAUAGUGAUAAUGGAGGAAUAGUAAAUAACAGGCUUCUCCAAUCAUCUGUGUACAUAACCAUUUCUGAGCACCCAUGAUGUCUUUUGUUUACUUUAAAAUGAUGAUUCAGGUUCCUACAACUUUUGAAAAUCUGUGCAAUUUAUGAAUAGUAAUAAUCAAAUAAUGGUUGGUUGCUGUUUGUUUACAUUAAUAUGAAGUGUGCAACCCCGUUUCUUGACCUCCUAAGCAUGUGGCUUGCAUCAAUGUAAUAAAAAGGAGUGAACGUCCAUGUAUGUAUAAUAUUCUACUGUCUGUGAUAAUGAUACUGUGUACGAGUCCAUAUACUGGCACUUGUAAUUAGUUCAUGACUACUGAGUGUGGAUGACAUUUUACAGGCAUUUUGAUUCAUGUUAAUAAAGAUAAUGCAUAAAUCCA